AUGUCGUCCAAUUCUUCCACAGACUUUGGUGGAAGCACCUUCAACCCAGAGAACGUCAACCUGACCUCUGCUGACCCUCGAGAUGUCAUUUGUGCCCUUGCGGCGUCGGGGAAUGAUUACAAUGGACAACUUGGUGCCAGAAUCUCGGCACUGUUCGUCAUCCUCAUCGUCUCAUCCGCUGCGACAUUCUUCCCCGUCUUCGCAAAGAGGAUUCCGCGUCUUCACAUUCCGCUUUAUGUAUACCUGUUUGCGCGGUAUUUCGGUGCAGGAGUCAUUGUCGCCACGGCCUUCAUCCAUCUCCUUGAUCCGGCAUAUGGCGAGAUCGGUCCCCAAACUUGUGUGGGUAUGACAGGAGGCUGGGCCGUUUAUUCAUGGUGCCCGGCCAUUGUCCUCACGUCGGUGGUUGUCAUCUUCCUCUUCGACUUUGGCGCCGAACGAUAUGUUGAAGUGAAAUACGGUAUCGACAGUGAAGCAGACCUGCAAGAAGCGGUGACUGGAUACACCGACCGACCAGCAACCGAGGCACAACAGGAUCGAGCGGCGAGUAUUGCGUCCAUGCGGCGCGAACAUGACGAGCGACGGAAGUCAUCCGCGUACGAGAAGAGAUUCAUGGAGGAUUUCGCUGUGGACGGCGACGAAGAUGACAAUGAAUUGCGCAAGAACUCGUUCCGACAGCAAAUCGCCGCAUUCCUGAUACUGGAGUUUGGCGUCAUCUUCCAUUCGGUCGUCAUCGGUCUCAAUUUGGGUGUCGUGGGCGACGAAUUCAGCACAUUGUACCCGGUCUUGGUCUUCCACCAAUCCUUCGAAGGGCUUGGUAUCGGUGCCAGAAUGUCGGCCAUCCCAUUCAAGCCUGGGAGCUGGCUGCCCUGGGUCCUCUGUGCGGCCUACGGGUUGACGACGCCCAUUGCCAUUGCCAUCGGUCUCGGCGUGCGCACAACGUACAACCCCAACUCCUUUACCGCCAACGUGGUCAGCGGCGUUUUGGACGCCAUGUCGGCUGGUAUCCUGAUCUAUACCGGGCUUGUCGAGUUGUUGGCGCGGGACUUUUUGUUCAACCCCUUGCGGACAAAGGACAACAAAAGAUUGACGUUCAUGAUCCUCUGUGUGCUGUUGGGUGCCGGUCUGAUGGCGUUGCUUGGAAAAUGGGCUUGA